UCCUGGCUGCCAUGCCACCUCCUCUCCUCCUCUCCGUCCUCCUCUUCCUUUUUCCCAAGGGAGUCAGGCCCCAGAAACCAGUGCUGGUGGAGGUGGAAGAGGGCGGCAAUGUAGUGCUGCCGUGCCUGCGGAAUCUGUCCAGUGCCCCCCACCCACCUGAGAAGAUGGUCUGGUUCCAGGGCAACCAGUCGGCACCCUUCCUAGAGCUGAGCGUGGAGGUCCCUGGCCUGGGCAUCCACAUGGGACCUCUAGGCAUCCUGCUGUUUAUCUUCAAUGUCUCUGACCAGAUGGGGGGCUUCUACAUUUGCCAGUCAGGACCCCCCUCCAAGAAUGCCUCACAGCCCAGCUGGACUGUGAGCGUGGAGGGCAGUGGGGAGCUGUUCCGGUGGAAUGCUUCAGACUUAGGGGACCUCAGCUGUGGUCCAGCCCCGGGGAACAGGUCCUCACCCACCAGCCCCAGGCUCUCUCCCCACCACCCCAACAGCUCCCAGCUGUAUGUGUGGGACAAAGACCGCUCCAAGAGCAGGAAGGGAAAGUCAGUUUGUGCCCCGCCUAGGGGCAGUCUGAACCAGAGUCUCACUCAAGACCUCACUGUGGCUCCUGGCUCCACACUCUGGCUGCCCUGUGGGGUGCCCCCUGCUCACGUGACCAGAGGCCCCGUCUCCUGGACCCAAGUGCACCCUAAGAAGCAUCGCAGCCCACUGCUCAGGCUCUACUUGAGGGAGAACCCCCCAGCCCAAGAGAUGUGGGUCCUAGGGUCUGCUCUGUCGCUUUCCCAGGUCACUGUGCAAGCUGCCGGUACCUAUUACUGUUUCCGUGGCAACCUGAGCACAGAGAUACACGUGAAGGUCACUGCCUGGUCAGCAGUAUGGCACUGGCUGAAGGAAAGCGGUGGCUGGAAGGUCCCAGUUGUGUCUUUGGUUUAUCUGGUCUUCUGCCUGGGCUCUCUGGUGGCCUACCUUCAUAUCCGAAGAGCCCUGGUCCUGAGGAGGAAAAGGAAACGAAUGACUGACCCCGCCAGGAGAUUCUUCAAAGUGACUCCUCCCCCAGGAAACGGGACCCAGAACCAGUACGGAAACAUGCUGUCCCUUCCCAUGUCCACCUCUGGCACAGGGCGCACUCAGCGCUGGGUGGCGGCUCUGGGGGGCACCGUCCAGUCAUACAGAAAUCCGCGCAACGACAUCCAGGAGGCUGGAGCCGUGGGGUCUCGGAGCCCCUCGACAGCGGGCCUGGAAGAAGACGAAGGGGAGGCUUAUGAGGAGCCGGACAGCGAGGAGGGCUAUGAGAAUGACCAGCUCUCCCAGGAUGGCAGCGGCUAUGAGGACCCGGAAGACCGGCCCGUGGCUUCUGCUGAUGAGGACUCCUUCUCCAACUCUGAGUCUUAUGAGAACGCGGAUGAAGAGCUGGCCCAGCCAGUAGCCAGAACCACAGACUUCCUAAGCCCCCAUGGAUCUGCCUGGGACCCCAGCCGGGAGGCAGCCUCCCUUGCAGGGUCCCAGUCCUACGAGGAUAUGCGAGGGAUCUUGUAUGCAGCCCCCCAGCUCCGCUCCCUUCAGCCUGGUCCCCAUCAUGAAGAAGAUGCAGACUCUUACGAGAACAUGGAUAAUCCUGAUGAGCCAGAGCCAGCGUGGGGAGGAGGGGGCCACAUGGGGGCCUGGAGCACCAGGUGA